AUGUUUGAAAAGGAUGCUCCUAACUCCAGUUUGACAGCAAUAAGAAGGCUGAGAGUUUCCCUUGUGGAUGAACUGGAGGAGCAGAUCGACUCUCUGCUGGAGGUUUUAGUGACUCAGGAGGUGUUCACUCGAGACGACCGCGAGGAUGUGCUGGGACACCCGGGAUGCCGAGGAAGAGUCCGGAAGGUGCUGGACAUUCUGGAGUGCAAAGGCGAGGAGGCGGCGCAGCUUUUUCUCUCCAUCAAAAGUCAUCAUCAGGUUUCUAACGAAGCCAAAGCAGCAGGGCUGCAGUGUUUAGAGUACAACAAAGUUCGCCAAAAGCACAAGGACAUUUUGAGGCGGAGGAGUGAGAGCAUGCUCUUUCACAACAGCCGACAUGGCGAGAAAAUCCUUUUUCUGAAACAAUACGUCAACCUCCUGCUUGUUGACGGACACCAGGUGUUGGAGAUCAAAAAGCAUGAGGUCCUCACUUUUGGACAGAAGCGGUUGUGUUUGCAGCAGAGGUCGGUGGCACAGAGGACAAUCGCACCCUCAGAACUGUUCUCCAGAGCAAAUGGAGCGCGUCCAGUCAAGAAAGUUCUGGUGACAGGAGUGGCGGGGAUCGGGAAAACCAUGCUGGUGCAGAAAAUCCUCUUCGACUUUGGGGGAAGCGAGGACUACCUGGCGUUUGACUUCAUUAUUCACAUGAGCUUUCGAGACUUGAACCUUGUUGAGGAACCUACAAACUUCAGAGAUUUAGUUCUGCGCAAAAACAAACACCUCUCUAAAGUACUGGACAACAUCCUCGCCUGUGAUGACAAACUGCUGAUCAUCCUGGACGGUUUUGACGAGUUCAGACAAUACAGGAACUGCGAUGCCGACGUGUUUGUGAACGAGCCGGAUGAGGAAGCAGCGCUAACGGAUAUUUUGGGAAGUUUGUUGUUCGGUGAACUGCUGCCGAGGGCUUCCGUCUUACUCACGAGUCGGCCCGCUGCUACCAACCACAUCCCAGUGGGCUGCGUUGACCGCUUUGUUCUCAUCACUGGUUUUUCUCUGGCAGAAGUUUGUGAUUUCUUUUCACGAUACUUUCAAGAUCCUGCACUAGCUAGCAGCAUGUUUGCAGCAGUCUCAGCCAAUGAGCUUUUGUUGACCCUGUGCUUCAUACCUGCCUUUUGUUGCAUUGUUUGCUGCAUCCUAAAACAGAGUAAAGAUCUUUCUGGAGAAAGCCCAAAGACCAUGACCGAUAUCUAUGUCCAUUAUCUCGUCGCCAUGAUUCAUUCUCACACACAAAGGGGAGCUUGGACAGACCACCAAGGAACCGCCCAGCAGUUUUCUGACAUUGUGCUGAAAUUGGGUAAACUUGCCUACCGAAAGCUGAUGGAGCACCAAACUCUGUUCUACGGCAGCGACCAAGAAGUCGCAGCUUUAGAGGGAUGCGGUUUUCUGAGCACCUUCCUGGACAAAAUGGUCGCACAAAAGCCCGGCUACACAGAGGACGUUUUCUCCUUCGCCCACCUCACUAUUCAAGAGUUUUUUGCUGCACUUUACUGUGCAGUGACGGACCAACCUUUACCCGUCGAUCCUCUGAGCAAAUCCAGUCUUGGGGAGGCGACAAACGGCCACUUGGACCUGUUUUAUCGCUUCCUGUCGGGAAUCUUGUCCAACCGGAAUGCGACUGUCCUAGGGAGGCAAGUUGGAUUGUGUUGCUGCAAAGAAAAAGCUGAAGCCUUCCGCCAAAAAAUUGUCUCAGAUCUCACAAGGUUUUGUGAAAACGGAGCUCAUAUUCUUAACUCUUUACACUGUCUUUUUGAGCAACAAGACCCUUCAUUAGCCCUGGCGGUGCAGCCAGAGAAACUACAAAUAAAUGUCAGCGAUGAGACGCUUUCUCAGACGGAUUACAAUGCCUUAAAGUACUUCCUAAAUCUAACAAAGGGCCAAAUAUCUGAGCUGGAUCUCACUGGAACUGGAGUCAGCUGUGAUGCACUGAGAGAUAUUCAACCACUCUUGGUUAGAUGUGAGAGCCUUUGGUGAGUUCCAGGUAAAUUUUUGUUUUUACCCUCUAAUGAGCCUGUAGGGUUAGAGCUCCUCUGCUUACUACACAGCUUUGUCUUCAAGGCUAGGAGAAAACAACCUUGACAUGGGUGCAGUUCAGGUCAUUGCAGAUGUGCUGAAACUUUCAGACACAAUCACCUACCUUGGGUAAGAUUUGUUCAAAAUACAGAAGACCUUCUCAAGUUUAACCCGUCAACACCAGAGCUUCACCUCCAGUGUUGACG